AGCUCUAGCAGCCGCAUUGGAUCCCACAGCUUACUGCGAGACUCCGGUGUACAAUCCGGAUCUCUGCCCCAACAUGAUUGCGGCCCAGGCCAAGCUGGUCUACCAUCUGAAUAAAUACUACAACGAAAAAUGCCAAGCCAGGAAAGCUGCCAUUGCCAAAACUAUCCGGGAAGUCUGCAAAGUAGUUUCCGACGUACUGAAGGAAGUGGAAGUGCAGGAGCCGCGGUUCAUCAGCUCUCUCAACGAGAUGGACAAUCGCUACGAGGGCCUCGAGGUCAUCUCCCCCACCGAAUUUGAAGUGGUGCUUUAUCUCAACCAAAUGGGGGUGUUCAACUUUGUGGACGAUGGCUCACUGCCCGGCUGCGCGGUGCUGAAGUUGAGCGACGGGCGCAAGAGGAGCAUGUCCCUCUGGGUGGAAUUCAUUACCGCCUCCGGCUACCUCUCGGCGCGCAAAAUCCGCUCCAGGUUUCAGACGCUGGUGGCUCAAGCAGUAGACAAAUGUAGCUACCGGGAUGUGGUAAAGAUGGUGGCAGACACCAGUGAAGUGAAACUGAGAAUCCGGGAUAGGUACGUGGUGCAGAUCACGCCGGCCUUUAAAUGCACCGGGAUCUGGCCGAGGAGUGCUGCCCACUGGCCACUUCCCCACAUCCCCUGGCCGGGACCCAACCGGGUGGCGGAGGUCAAGGCGGAAGGUUUCAAUCUCUUGUCCAAGGAGUGCCACUCCCUGGCCGGCAAGCAGAGCUCGGCGGAGAGCGACGCCUGGGUGCUGCAGUUCGCGGAGGCAGAGAACAGACUGCAGAUGGGGGGCUGCAGGAAGAAGUGCCUCUCCAUCCUCAAAACCUUAAGGGAUCGCCACCUUGAACUGCCCGGCCAGCCCUUGAACAAUUACCAUAUGAAGACUCUGGUUUCCUACGAGUGUGAAAAGCAUCCCCGAGAGUCGGACUGGGACGAGUCUUGCCUGGGUGAUCGGCUGAACGGGAUUUUGCUGCAACUUAUCUCCUGCCUGCAGUGCCGGCGGUGUCCCCACUACUUUCUACCGAACUUAGAUCUGUUUCAAGGCAAACCUCACUCAGCUCUGGAAAACGCUGCCAAACAAACGUGGCGACUGGCAAGAGAGAUCCUGACCAACCCGAAAAGUUUGGAAAAACUUUAGAGGAUGAUUUAAUCAAGAGCCGAAAUUAUUACCCUUCUCAAAGUCCUUAUUAAGUGUAAACUUCUGUUCAAUUCCUAAUAUUCCACUCCGCAGUGCAAACAAUCUCUUCCUUUAAAAAGGAAUAAUAAUACAAUAUUUAAACAUCAUCUCACCCACCCCCACAAGGGGAGAAAAAGUAGGGGAAGCGGAUGGAGAAAAACCCAAAGCCACUAGUAUUAGAAGACUUCUUUCCACAUGAUUUCCUAUCUCCCUUGAAAAGUACACCGUAACACUCCGUAAACAGCCCAGCUGUGAUGCAAGACCGCGACGAACACUCUGCCUAACUAUCAAAGGAUUAUAGCAAUCCUGGUGAUUUAGGUGCAUCUGUCUGUGAGUAAACACGAUUUGGAUAUGCCAUCUG